AUGAACGAAAAUAACUUUAGAGCAGACCAAUAUUUAUUACACUACGGACACCACCAAUCACUACAGUCGACGGAUCCGUUUCUUAACGCCGUAAACGCAGAGAUGUGCGAUGCUACGAGACGAAAGCAGUCGUAUAAGGGAUCUAGGAGAACUAUGCCCACGACGCACCUCAAUGCAAACCCUAGCAAUUUCCGCGACUUGGUUCAAAAAUUCACUGGACGUUCUGCCCGAGUUGAUAACUCUCUCAGAAGAAAAGGUCCGGUGACGUUAGAUUUCAGUGCGCCGGCUUCGGUGCCGAAAGAAUUCAUUUUUCCGAGCUCCGGUGAUCUCCAAAAUUGCGAUCGUGCGAUUGAUAGGCACGUGAGUGAUGAAGAGAGUCACGCGACCUUGGAAAGUAGGGAAACGGUAUCGUAUGAGAUGGGUACACAAAGUGAAAGUGAGCUUUAUGGUGGGUGUGAUGAUCAUGCUCAUGGUAAUUAUGUUGAAGAUGAUGAUCUUUUGAGGGACUACUACUUGGAAAAUAGUAGUUGUAAUGGAGUGCAGUAUGUGGAUUAUGGGGAUUUUUAUCACGACGCGGUGUUGUUGGAAGAGUUUAUGAUGAGAGAUUUUGACAUAUGA